UCCAAGUUUAUCAGAGAAGAUUUCUUAAUAAUGGAAAAAGAAGGAGAACUAUUAAAAUUCAAAGGAUUUUAUUUUCAGUCAUCCGUAGUUGAUUAUGAUAUUUUAGAAAAGCUGGAAGACUUUGAAAUUAGAGAUAAUGACAUUUUUGUUAUAUCCUAUCCCAAAUCUGGAACUGUUUGGAUUCUGCAAAUAUUGUGCUUGAUUCAUUUCGAGGGCUAUCGUAAUAAAACUGACACAAGGCCUUUGAAUUUAAGAGCCCCCUUCCUGGAGUACAAUGUUUCUCACGUUGACUUAGAGAAGACGCCCUCUCCUCGAAUUAUUGGUAGCCACUUACCAUAUUAUUUGGUACCAAGAGGACUGAAGAACAAAAAAGCGAAAAUCAUUUAUAUGUGUAGAAAUCCUAAGGAUGUUAUGAAUUCAUUUUUUCACUUUUCAAACAUGCUGAAAGUAUUCCAACCAACAAAUACUAUGGAGGAAUUCAUGAAAAAGUUUCUAGAAGGAAAAGGUAAUUUUUUGGAAUUUUAAUUUCUAUCAACGAAA